AUGUUAACAAAGAUCAGUUAAUCAAGUACGCUCAAAUAGUAAAACUAGCUCAAAUAAUAAAACUAUCUCAAUUAAUAAUAACUUUCUCAAAUUGUAAAAAAAAUUGAAAUUGUUUAAAGACCAUUAGCAUCUGGAGAAAGUUUAGAGAUUAAAUAAAAUGGAAAUCCUCUUAUUAAUAAGUUCAAGGAAUGGUUUGGCCAAGUUUUUUUUCAUCAUUAUGCUAUAAUUUUGAAUACAAAAGAAAAUGAAUAAUUUAUAUUACAUUAAUUAAAAGAUGGAUUCAUUAGUACAGAAAUUACAGAUGAACAAAGACAAAAAGAAUAUUAUACAGUUAAUCAAUCCUAUGAUUCAUCUUAAUUGGUAAAAUAGUUUACUGUGAAAGAACUAUAAGACUAGAAUCCAUAAGAAUAUUCUGUAGUUAGUAAUAGUUGUAUUCAUUAUGUAAAUCGUGUUAUAGAUUUGUUAAAUCAAAAUCUUAAGGAUGUAAAUACACAUGUAUUAGAAAGAAUAGAAUAAAAAAAUUUAAUUGUUAUGGCUAGAACUUUUAUUUAAAACGCUUAUUAGGCUGUUACGUAGUAAAAAAUAAAAGAAGCAUUGAUAUAAAAAUUGAAAAAUCCAACUUUACACAAUGAAAUAUUAUAUGAAUUAAUUAGAACUUCAAAAAAUUAAACUCCAAAGUAAAUAUUUGGUAAUUGCGUAAUUAUUGCAAUUGCCUAAAUAUUGAAUGUAUUAACAAAUUAAAUUCAACACCUAAGUGUACUCCUAAGUGUACCGACGAUAACUUUUGGUUUAUAUUUUAUUUGGAGUUAAUCUGAUGAAAGUAUUUUUAAAAAAUGCGUUAAAUCAUUACAUUUACUAUUUUUUUCUUUGAUAGGCGUGCCAUUAUUGAGAGAUCUUUGUGAUUUCAUCUCAGAUCUUUGCAAAGAAUUAUAAAUUAUAAAAAUUGGAACCAAGGAAACAUUAUUUUUAGGAGGUUGUACCAUUACUGGAGUUAUUGGAGGAGCUUUUAUUGAAUAUGGAUAUAUGCCUAAUCCAAUAACUAGUUUAUCAAAUUUAAUUGCAACUUUACAGGAUUAUUUUUAAUAAUAUCAUAAGCCUGCUGUAUAAUCUACAUCAGCAUGCAUUAGCGGUGGAGAACCAGCAUGUAUUUCGGAUUGUGCAUAUGCUACUGAUUUAUGCUCAGUUUCUUCAUCAAAUAAACCAGACUCAGAUUAAAUAUGUACCUAGAUAGAAUCAAAAGAAACUUAACCAUUACUUUCUGGCUUAUUCGAAAAAAUCUGUAAUAGUUCUGUUAUAUAACAAAUUAAAACUGAAUAUCUUAAGCCUGUUGUAUAAUUAACAGCAGCAUACAUUAGCGAUAGAGAACCAGCAUAUAUUUCGGGUUGUGAAUAUUUUAGUAAAUUAUGUUCAGUUUCUUCAUCAAAUAAACCAGACUCAGAUUAAAUAUGUACCUCGAUAGAAUCAGAAGAAAAAUAUGGUAAUAGUAAAGUUGUAACAGCAGUAAAUAAUUAUUCUGUUAUAAAACAAAUUAAAACUGGAGCUGGCAUUCUAUAUGAAAGUGUUUGUGAUAAAAUUCCAAUUGUUAAAUAAUUUUUGAUAACCUAAGCAUCUAACCCAAAAGUUGUUGGUGGUUUAGUUGGGUUUGCAAUAGGAGCAUAUUUGAUAUAUAAGUAUUGGAAGCGAAGUGAUUAGAAAUGA